UAUUUAUGGCAUUUUUAUCUUUUUAACUCGACUUACGUUCUUUGAAAUGAAAUUUAUUAGAGUGUCAAUGUUUUAGCUUUACAUGUGACAAUAUAUGUUCAUUGGCAAUCUUUGGAAUACAUUUAUUUUCGUAUCGUUUUUCUUUCUUUCUUUUUUUCUUCACUAAAAUAUUUAUUGCCGGUAUUAGUUCAGCACAAUGACAUAAUGAAAUGCGAGUGAACAUAAACCUGUAUCUUGUAUAUUUAUUUCAGUAUUGUCGCGUGCAUUUAAAGCUUCAAGAUCAUUUGCAAAGACACAGUUAAAAAUGCAACGAUAUUUAUUUGUCACUUUUGCUACAGGAUUUCUUGUGCUUGAUGGAAGACUGGGUGUCUCGGCUGAAGAAGAUUCUUCAGGUGGUACCUGUGUAAAUAAUGCAGCAGUUGUAGUUGGCGUUAUUCUGGGAAUAACAAACAUAGCUACAAUCAUCUUUGCUGGAUAUAUAUCCGUGCAGCUGAAAAAUAUGCGGGAUGGAAAACGGGAAAAUAACCAAAGUAACGAUGGGACUGAAAAUGUACAACAUCAGGAAGGCGAAAGCUAUACCGCCGCGGGCUAUACAGUCUUAGAUGUCCGUACAAGGGACAACGGAUCUAUGUAUGACAUUGUUCGCAUAGACAGAUAACCUGAUAAACCUUCAACAGUGUAAAUGUAUUACAUUGACUGAAAAUUGGUAGAAUAAAUAAAUAAAAGCAGACCCUGUCGCGAAUGCAGAACAAGAACAUGAUUGUUUUGUAAAUAUAACAAAUAUCUAAAUUGAUCUGAUAUGAACUAUAUUGCUGUUGUCUAAAUAUAGAAAGUAUGAAUUGUUUCGAAGUACAAAAUCUCCCUUCUAAAUACGGAAAUUAGUUUUCAGUAGAAUAAAGUCUAGAAGAUCCUUUAGAAGCAAAAAAUACUACCAAUUAAUACGAUGCAGACCCCGUUUGAUGGAGUCGUUUUAUGAGAGUUAAUUGAAAGUGCCACUAGGACCCCUUGCACAAGUUUGAAUGGCACUUUGUUAUACAAACACUGAAUGUACUAAAUGAUCCUAAAGGACCAGAAAAUAUGUCAACACUGAGUCAAAGUCCAGAUCUUUUGAGAAAAGAAGAGUAACCCUAACAAUAACUCUUGAAUUUUUAAAUAUCUUAAUUGGGGUAUGUGGAUAAAUAUGACAUUAAAAUUAAAGUUUGGUUCUCUUACCUAUCCGAUUGAUUCCUGGUUAAUGUUUAAUUGCGGUUUUGACCUUAGUGACAAAACCUGUUUGUUUAGCUUUAUUUUAAUUUGUUGCUGCUUCCUUUUUAACGUUUAACAGUAAGAAAUAACAUAACCAGAUUUCUUUCAAUUAUUACAAAAUAAUGUAUUUGGCGUUUAGAGUUAGUAUUUUACCAAAGUGACGAGCCAGACACAGGAGAAUGGCAUUUCUUGAAUUCAGCUUUGAUAUCUCUCGUUAGACCCUUUAAUAAGUAGUCUUGAUAACCUGUCCGAAGACUUUAGGAUUGCUUUUAAAUAGAGAAUAUUACACGAGUGUCAUUUCAUAGUGAAUUUCUUAAACUAGUUGAAUAAAACAAUAACAUGCGAGGCUUUCAUCAAUUUAUUCAACGAGUUUAUAAAUUCAGUGUUGUAAGUCACAAAUGUAAUAUCCUUUUUAUCACAUGAUAGAUUUUCCUGCCGAAACAUAAAGAAAUCUUCUUUCUUUAGCUAUUAAAACAAGUCAAUUUGACCAACGUCUCUUUUAUACUUUAACGACGUCGACGUCAAAGGUUUAUUACACUAUAGAUCUAGUGUAUUAUCAUUUAAUAUAAUGGCUUUAAUUCACCCCGGCGACGUCAAACAUGUAAUUAUAUUUUAUGUAGGUGAGAAAAAACCAUUAAAACAUUUUAUAUUAAAUGGUCAUCAAGUUGAUUUUAGAAAGGUAUAGCCUUGAGUGCUUAUAUCAGAGUGCCAUUUAAUACUUAAAUAUUUUAUGUUUUCUUUUUUGUCGAUGUGUGAUUGUUUUAUAAUAGAUAGUCUCUCAAAUUUCUUUUAGAAAGGUUUUCAUGAAUAUUUUACGGAUAUGGAUGUGUAUGUAAUGGCAUGAAAAGUGAGACUUAAAUAAAAUAUUUGGUUUGUAUUGUAUUGUAUUGUAUUGUAUUGUAUUGUGAUGAACGGAAUUCAAACGAGCAGUUAUUGUGUAACCAAACUAUUGUUAGCUAUUUAAAAAAUAUGUGAAAUAUGUUACGUAUGUAAGGGAUACAUAUGAUCUUCAUAUGUCAUGAUUUUCGAUGACCGAUAACAAAACAGCAAAACAACAGAACUUUUUCAUUGGCGAAGACAAUUAUCGUUUUUUAUACAUAUUUUACCUGAAUAUAAAGCAGAUAUGGUAGGCAAAGCUAGGCAAAAUGGAAAUAAAAAACAAAACAAAAACAAAACAAAAAACAAAAACAAACAAAAAAAAUAAGAAAGAAAAUAAAGAGAAAGAAAUAAUUGAAUAACAAACCUGUAAUCAAUCACGAAGACUUGCGUCUGUCUUUUAGUCUUGUUGGUUUGCACAUAGCUUUUUCCUACAGUGUGUUUGAUAUGCUUUAGGGGUUAAACAUUGAUGUCAAAAAUGUUUUACAUUUAUUC